GAACCGAGGGGCCGCUCAUUGGUCCAGAUCCCAGCCAAAUCACUCCACCCCUCGGUUGGCUGGAUUAGCCUGCCCUCCCAGCCGCGGAUUGGCCCGCGACAGCACCCGUCGGUCGCUGGGAAGGAGAGAAAAUGGCGGCGGAGCCAAGCAAGACCGAAAUCCAGACUCUUUUUAAAAGGCUUCGGGCAAUUCCAACCAACAAGGCCUGUUUCGACUGCGGCGCCAAGAGCCCGAGCUGGGCCAGCAUCACAUAUGGUGUUUUUCUUUGCAUCGACUGUUCUGGGGUGCACCGUUCCCUGGGUGUCCACCUGAGCUUUAUCAGGUCCACAGAGUUGGAUUCCAACUGGAGCUGGUUCCAGCUGAGGUGUAUGCAGGUCGGCGGGAACGCCAAUGCGACAGCUUUUUUCCGCCAACACGGAUGCACAGCCAACGAUACCAACACUAAGUAUAAUAGCCGAGCUGCCCAGAUGUAUCGAGAGAAGAUCCAGCAGCUGGGGAGUGCGGCCCUGGCUAGGCAUGGCACUGAUCUUUGGAUAGACAACCUGAGCAGCACUCCCAGUCACUCCCCGGAGAAGGACUCUGAUUUCUUCACUGAACACACUCCGCCCCCUGCCUGGGAUGCACCUGCCGCUGAGCCUUCAGGGACCCAGCAGCCAGCCCCAUCUGCAGAGAGCCUGGCACAGCCGGAGCAGGGCCCCAACACCGACCUGCUUGGCUCUUCGCACAAAGCCUCCCUGGCGUCCAUGUAUCUGUCAGCUGCAGGGGCCCCUCUUGCCCGAGAUCUGAAAAGCUCCAUCAUCGGCAAGAAGAAGCCGGCAGCAGCCAAGAAGGGGCUGGGGGCCAAGAAAGGCCUGGGGGCCCAGAAGGUGAGCAACCAGAGCUUUAGCGAGAUCGAGCGGCAGGCUCAGGUGGCAGAGAAGCUCCGGGAGCAGCAGGCAGCAGAUGCCAAGAAGCAGGCGGAGGAGUCUGUGGUCGCCUCUAUGCGCCUGGCCUACCAGGAGCUCCAGAUCGACCGGAAGGAGGAGGAGAAGAAGCUGCAGAACCUGGAAGGGAGGAAGCGGGAGCAGGCCGAGAGGCUGGGCAUGGGCCUGGUGUCCCGCAGCUCCGUGUCUCACUCGGUGCUGUCUGAGAUGCAGGUGAUCGAGCAGGAAACCCCAGUGACUGCAAAAUCCUCCCGCUCGCAGCUCGACUUGUUUGACGACGUUGGAACUUUCGCCUCUGGGCCCCCGAAGUACAAGGACAACCCAUUUUCCCUGGAAUCCUUUGGUUCUCGCUGGGACACUGAUGCCACCUGGGGAAUGGACAGGGUGGAGGAGAAGGAGCCAGAAGUGACUAUCUCAAGCAUCCGGCCAGUUUCAGAAAGAGCCACCAGCCGGAGGGAGGUGGAGAGCCGGAGUGCGGGCCAGGAGUCCAGCGAAGCACAGCAGAAAUUUGCGGGCGCCAAAGCCAUCUCAUCAGACAUGUUCUUCGGGCGGGAGGUGGACACCGAGUAUGAAGCCAGGUCCCGGCUACAGCAGCUCUCGGGCAGCAGUGCUAUCAGCUCUGCAGACCUCUUUGGGGACAUGGAUGGAGCUCAUGGAGCAGGAAGCGUGUCUCUGGGCAAUGUGCUCCCCACCGCCGACAUGGCGCAGUUUAAGCAGGGCGUCAAGUCUGUGGCUGGCAAGAUGGCUGUGCUGGCCAGUGGGGUGAUGAACUCGCUGCAGGAUCGCUAUGGUUCUUAUUGACCCCAGCCCUGUGGCUGGAGCCCGCGGUUCCCAGCCAGUGACGCCUGCCCUGCCCGGUGGAAGUUGGGGAGGAUCCUGACUUCUGUGCUGUGCGAUGGGUGGCCUUGGAGGACUCAGGGCAGGGCCGCAGCAACACCAGCCCUCCCUCUACCUGUGGGCUGCUCUCUCCUCGUCCCGUCUUCGGCCCACCCAAAGGUGCGGCUCACUUGGCUGUGUUGGAGGGGGCAGGCGCCGGCCGGCUUCUGCUCAGCUGCUCUGGCUCGCUCUUCCCAAAGGGAAGUGGAACGUGCGAGGCUUCUCCCAGCUCUCGGGGGGUCAGGGGGCUCCCUCCGCUUUGCAGCAAUGGCAGGGGGCCCCUGGGAGGCCCUGGGUUUUCCCUGCUGUUCCUGGGUGCCGGGGAGGUCAGGAGGGGAAGGACCUUGGGGCCUAAGGGCUAGAGACUGGCGCUUCAGUUUCCCGAGUGACCUUCUCCUGUCCCCGCCAUCUGGAGCCUGCCUGCUGAGUGUCUCAGAGUCCCGCAUCACUGUGGCCACGGCAGCCCUGUGUCCCUCCUGCCCUGGCCUGUGUCUCAUGACCAGAUGCUGCGUCUCUGCGGCCAGCCAGGGAGAUGGGACUGGGACAGAGCUGGCUGUACGCUCGGCUUGGUCCUCUGCUCUCCUGGCCCGCGGGGCCUGCAGCAGGCCUCGCCUCGGCAGCUGGGCCGUGCACUGUGCCAUCUUGGUGCCAUCCUCUCUGCU